AGGCGAAUGCGGUAGGCUAGGAAAAAAAACAAGCAACGGCAACGCCGGAGAGACAAGACGGGCACAGUUUACCUCCACAUCACAAGAUCAUAUUUUGGUGCGGAAAUUUCACGCCCUGUCGGGUCGUGUUACCGCUGGAGACGACUGUGGACACUCACGGGAGGAAACAAUAGGGUGAGUUUGACUUGUUUUCAACUGUGGAGCCGGUCAGAGUCGAAGGAAUCGGGCUUUAGGUGGGGAAAAUGACGAUGUGGCUGUAAUUUUUGCACCUCCUUUUAUGUCUCAAAAUGGCGGAUAGGCCGCUCGGACUGGAGCAGCAGGUAACUGUCGGCGGACUUUAUCCUUGCGUCUCUGCGAACAGUAAUGUGCACAAUUAGGUUGACUAAUGCUUGACAAAUAUGUAGUUUGAUUUUAGCUAAUGUAGCUGUAAACAUGUUACCUAAAGUUGAGGCGAUGGAGGAGCCAACUUUCUGACUGCACCACCGGGAAGCUAACUUAGCUAACGAUAACUUCAGCUAACAUUAGCUAACGAUUUCAGGGAGAAGAUAAGUCGUGUUAACCGACUGGCAACGUCGUUAGGUCCGCCAAAGUCAUGAGAGACCACGGCUAGAGAGAGACGCUCUCAUGUGGAGGUUAUGGUAAAGUAGACGUGAAUUUCUGAAGCCUUCAACCAACACCCUAAGUUAGGAAUAAUCUGUAAUUAGCACAGUUUGAACUGCCGACAUGAACUCUGUUGUGUUUUUUAAGUCAAUAAUAUAACAGUAUGUAGGCCACACGACUGUUUUUAUUACGUGUACUGUCCCAUUUGUGUUACAUUAUAUAUAGCAUGGAAGAUAUUCUGCUUUUAAUCGGCGAUACCGCUGUGCUACUGCUGUGUUUCAUGUUGAUUAAAAAGGCAUGAAGAGACUUUUUUUUUACAUCCAUCUGUAUCCAAUCGAUCAAGAGCUAAACCAUUGACAAUCCUGACGCAGUUUACCAACAUGACAUGCCCCCCUGUAUAUGUCGUCUGCUGUUUGUCAUCCUGCUGCCUUGCUCAGCUGAAACUCUCAUCAUAUCUGCGCCUCUCUCUGUGUUCUUCAUGCGGUUUGUUGGCAAUGUUAGAAAAUCAGGGUGGAGCACACUGAAGGAGCUAAGUUUGUAUGUACUGCGUCUACUCACUGUCCAAGUGUUUGCCUUUUUUUUCUCUGUUUGCACUCUGAUUGUGUGGAUGUAAGAUUGAGUGAUUAAUGGGUAUAUGUGGACCGAGGGUUUAUGAAUGCAGUGAUCAGUGAGGUGGCUGUUCGUGUUACAUUUGGGAAACCUUGGCAUAGAAUAAAUCUAGGAUCCUGGAUUUUUAGGAUUGCCUUGCAGGUAAUCUCAUGGGUUCAAAGACUGAAAAUUAUAUAUUUUUUUGUUUUGGGAAAAGCUACAUCAAGAAAACUGACUUUGUAUCUCCUGACUCACUGUACCAUACUCAGGUAAGAUGUCAUUACAUCUUAUUCAAUGAAUCCAUUUGGAGAGGCGUGGAACCACUGCCUUGUCUUGACAUCUGUAGGUUUUGCUGAUGUGGGCUUUGUGAAUUUAGCAAGACAUAUGUAGCUUUCAUGAACUUAUCUAUUUUUGGAAAUGGUUCGUAAAUUGGUAUAUUCAAUUCACCAACUUAAACAUGACUGUUGGAUGAAUAUGCUGAUCUCCUGUGCAGCAUGGUGGGUCAAAAGUCAGUAAUGGGUUAUGUAUUUGUGAGCCCAGUUGUUCCCUAUUUUAGAGGCCCUGGCAUAUUAUUUGCAUGGGAACAUACCAUUCUCUCAUGUGACUGUAAAGCUAGGCCUUUCCAGUCUCAAGACAAGCAUCCCUACUUGUGAAAUAUACACAACCAUCAUUGCAGGUGCCUGUGGGUAUGGCGUGAUGGUUUUUCUUCUUACCAGUUGUGCUGCUUUGGCUUCUGAGAUCUUUUCUGCUGAAACUUGUCACAUGCUCAACAACGAAAAGGUGAAGCAUAGUGGAUCUUUGUGGGUGAUUUUUUUUUCAUAUGUGAUAAAAGUAGUCUUGGAGUUGGAAAGCUGGAGGGAGUCCCCGUCUUUAUUUUGUGUCAACAGACAAUGGGUAGACUGAGAGGCUGUGUGACAUUGUGUUUGCUGUGGACUGAAGGGCAGACCCAUAUCGCUUCUCUUCCCCUGAGGUGACAGCAGCAUAGAGGUUGACCUUCCUGACAAGCUGCCCACCAGCUCGCAGACUGGUCAUUGCUGGCCUGCUGCCAAUGUAAACCGCCUGUCAAUCAUUAAACAGCUGUUCUGAUUUACUCUCUGACUUUCUGUUUGCACAGCAUCUUUCUGCAGAUUGUGAGAACAUGUCUGUCAGUGCUGGUGUAAGACUUCCUAUCACCAAGUCCUAUAGCAGUUAGAUCUAAUCACAACAAUCACUUAUGGUGUUCCAUAAAAUGAAAGGUUUGAUCUGGAAAGGUUUGAUACCAGACUGAUUGACCUUGCACAUCCAGUCAGUUUCCGGUUUGCCCUGAUGCCAAACUUUAAUCCAAAUACAAAUGCAUGAGUGUAACCAGUGCAGGUGGGCUUGACUAAUCCAUUUGCUGCUCCAACAAACUUCUAGCUCACUCCUCUUCUUGUUGCCACUGUGUGUCCAAGCUUCCUUGGUGAAUAUGUGCUGUGAUCCACUGAUUGGGCCAUUAACUGUAAAGAUAAUGGCCAGACAGGAAGAUACAGUCAGGAAAGAUUGCUUGUUUCAUCUGCUGUUUGAAACGUGGAGGAACAGUUCAGGCUGGUGUUUCUACCACCUGCUAGUGUUUUGUGUAAACGGCUCUUCCUCUUAUUGGCCAUUGAACAAAGAUGUUGCUACCCACAUACUGGCACAUGCACCUUAUAGGUCAUAACGGCUGCAGAUUGAAAGCUGAGAAAGGUGUUUGUCCAGUUAAUAAUGAAACAUCUUAGAGAGGAUGACAAGCUCUUGAAAAUAGGGGAUGAUUUACAGAAAAAUCCGCCUCGCAGUGAAUCUCAAGGUUCAGAUUCCUUCAGUCGUCUUUUUUUAGGAUCUGGAAUAAAGAAGCUGAAAAAGCUAAAGACAAAAUUCAUUUGCAUUGUCUACUAAAUAAUAGAUGUUUGUCUUGUUUAUAUCAACGCAGAGAUGCACUUUAGCAUGAUUGUUUGUAUGUGUUUGGGUGCCUCUCAGUUAGAUAACUUAUAGUUGUUUUUAUUGCUCAAGCUACCGCUAAAACCAAUGUCUAAACGGUGAAACGGUCAUCACUAAUUCCCUUAAUCCCCAAAAUAGCCAAGUUCAUCAGAUAGGAAGUGUUUGGAUCACUUUGCGGCUUUGUUUUGUAUAAGUUAUGCAAGUUUAUGACAUUUUAACUUGACCAAAUGGAUUAAAAUACUGAGUGUAAAAAAGUCUCUUGCCAUUGGCAGAGUACAGGGAUGAGGAGUUCCCCUAUGAUGAUUAUAAAACAGCCUUUUAGUCAGACUAAAGGUUCAGUCAUCUUUAUAAAAUGUCAUUGAUUUCCAUUUGUUUUAAUAAUAGUUGUGGAAUAAUCAGCUUUUGGUCGAAAUUUUCAUGCAUAUUUCCCAAUUUGUCUGUUUUUGUGCAGUUUUUUUCCACGGGUCAAUAGAGCAGGGCUGGGUCAGACAAAGGGUGAUCUAGGAUACAAAGCUGAAGUCCCAAACAGAAAAUGAAGACACUCCAGAUUCCAGCUGUUUCAGAUGUUUACUUUUGAGUGAUGUAACGAGACAAGUGGAAAAAACUGUGAAUACAAGGCGGUGAUAACUGUCAGCAUUGUCAGCAUUGCUGUGAUGGUUGUUUGAUGAGUUGCUGAAACACAGUUUCACACUAGAGGUUAAACUUGACUUAAAACUGAUGGGUUCCUUUUGGUCAUCAUGCGGUGCUCAUAUUGGGGAUGUUUCUUUAUUUUCAGUUAUUAAAAUAAAAUAAAAAAACCUUGGCUGACAUACACAGCAGGUUGAGUAAUGCACAAAUGUGAUAUUGUAUUGCCGACUUAUAUUUUACUUUUAGAUUAUAUAAAUGUCAUGAAUGUUUGACUGAAAUACAUUGACCUGAGCUUCAAUAACAUUGUGUUCUGAUAUAUUUGCAUGAUUCUUUAUUACUCUGAUCGUUUCCUGUUUUAGUUACCAUGUUUGUCUGUGGUGUCAGACAAACUCAUAUAUUCCUGUUUUGAUGCAAGAUGGCCUAUCAGUCUUGCAUGUGGUUUAAGCAUCAAACUAGUAUGCUGUAUGCUAUACAAGUUGAACACUGAAUCUUGCACAGCAUGUUAUCGUUAUCCCUUUCAUCAAAAUACUCCCACACAUCCCUUUUUCUGGUCAUGGCUGACAUGGUGCAUGUACCUGUAAGCUAAUUUUGUGGUAAGAAGUGUAAAGAUACUCGAGUAAUGACAGUCAAUUGAAUAUUGGUCCCCAUCCCUAGUAGUAACAUGUAAUGUGGGUAAGAAGGAGAUGGUAGGUAGGCAGGGCAGGGCAGCACUGAACUGUGUGUGAGUGUGUGUGGCACUCCAGUUGUGUGUUAAGAGGUUGUGCCUUUUGUGCUUUCAUAGCGCUGUAGUGCAAUUACUUAUCCAGGGCUACAAGACUCCCAAACAUCGCAAUUAUGAUAUGCACAUGCACAAUUGAGACAUCAGAGGACAUACAGUAUCAGUCAUUUGACAUAAAGACAUCAUGCUGUCACGACUUCCUCCUUGUCUAGGGUUAAUCUAAAAUAAGUGACUCUCUUAAAUAUCUCUAUUUAGCCCCAUAUUUAAGAACAUGAAAAAAACUGACUUCUGUUCAGGCAGUGGCUGUAUCUUUGUCACAUGGUUAUAGAGUUCAAACUCGGAUGUGCGUUACAAUGCUACUACUGUCACAGCUACCAGCUAAAAAGACUCAGACAGUGUUAUCAUGCUCGUCUAGGUGCUGAAUACCUCGUUUAUACCCACGGCGCACAUACCUCUUAGUGAUGUGAGAAUGAUGUUGAAGAUGACUAUAUGUUCCUUGACAGAAAUUAUUGAUUAUGCAAGUAAAUCAAUUGUGUUUAUCUUUUAAGUUCAAGAAGCAGAGUGCUGCUGCCUCGAUAUUCUCACCUUCUCUUGUGUCUCUACUUCUGCAUGCUGGUGCCAAAGCUGCUGUCAGAGGGUUGAACAUUGAUACGAGUAAAAAGGAGGUUAGAUUUGGAAGUAGAAAAUAGACUGAAAGAUCCAAGAGUAAUGAUUAUUGUGUUGUUAAAAUUUACAAAGUUUCUUAGCACGCAAGAUUUGCUGCUUUAUCUGGUAUGAACUCCUGAAAUUUUUCAUAUUGCAGGAAAAAAAAUUGCAAUUUAAUUUUUUUUCACCAAAAGCAAAGCGAUGAUGAGACUCAGUUCCAUCAUUGUGGCAGACUUGCAGCAUGUAAGAAGCUAGUGAUAGAGGGUGUGUCUUCAGUAUUCUUUUAAAGAUAGCUCUUUAACACCAGAUAAUCUGCACAGACUCACCAGGAAAUUAAACGUCGUUUCAUGAGGAAGUCAUUGCCAUUACCGUUCCUGCUGCUACACAAAGAGAAGGGGAUCAAUGGAUGGGAGACGCAUAACCAUCAUUAACUAUCAGUGGGCAGAUUUAUGGAUGCACCAUGGCUGCAGUCCAUACCAACAAGACACUACCACAUUUUGCGCUCAGCCAAUUACCCUGAUUAUGUGGUUGUGCAAACAUUUUGCUCAAUACCGAAGCAACAAAUGAGAUUUGCUGAGCGGGGAGUCUAGCACAUUAAUGGAUGCACACAGCGAUGACAGCUGCCAGCAGCACAAAGGGGAGUAUCAAUAUAAAUACUAGGUGGCCUAAUUUCAACCAAGGUUUGUGAAAGAAGCAUGCUUUCUGACAGGACUAUAAGAGUAUGUCAAUACAGGGCUGUGAUAUGAUUCAUGUGAAUAACUGAUAAACCUUUUUUUACUCAAAUGGAUAGAUUUCACAGCUCGAUAACAGACCGCUCAUGUACAGUAGUAAACAAGCCAUUCACUAUUGAAUAAAAGGAUGGUUAGGAGGAACACUAAGGAAAUAUUCUUUUGGCUUACUUUAAUGGCAGCAGCUCAGCACACAGCCCCCUGUUUGGUUCAUUCGGCAGUAAGAAGGUUGAGAAAUAUUCUUUCACUGUUAACUCUGAAUUAUUAGAUGUGUGAUAAAAUCGUAACAUUGAUCACAAAUAAAUAACCUGCCCUCUUAAGCCGGACAUUUAACCAGAUACUUUUUAUUACGUUGAGCCAAAGUUAGAGCCAUUUUAAUGGCUUCACCGUAUUAUGUUGUAAUACCGUUGUGACCCUGAACCACAGCAGAGUAGUUGGGAAACAGCCAGAAACCCCCCUGCCGACCUGCAGUAAUCCACCCACAGUCAGAGGUAAGCAGACAUUUGGACUGGUGUCAGGUGGUGACAUCAGGGUCCAGAAGUUAGCUGUUGACUGUGUCAGGCUGCUCUCUGUUAAGCAGCCUCUCUGCAAAGUGAAAGUGUUCAAUGUUAAUGUGUUAAAUCAGGUAGGUUAAUUUUAAAUCUGCUGUCUUCUGUAUUAGAGCUGAAAUGAUCCCUCGAAUACCUCGAUUACAAAUAAUGAUCGAGGAAUUUUCUCUGCCUCGAGUGCUCGUUUAUAAGCUCAAAUCGUCACUGUUUCGCAUGGAUUCUUUUGAGGGUGACACAAUGCGCUUACGUCACCACCGUAGAAGGAGGAGUAGGCGCUGUUUAGGUUUUGCGGAGCGGAAAAAAUAAAUGAUGAGAGGGGCUUUUCUUGCAGUGUUGCCAACCUAGCAACUUCCCUUACUGAGGAGUUGGCAACACUGUUUUCUUGUGCAGAGCUCCAGUAGCUCAUGAGCACUUAGCCUUUGAGACGUGGGCGGAGACAGCGCUGCUCUGUACACUUCUCUUCACGCUAGCUUGUAGCCUAACAUUGCUGGUGUCGUAGCAGAAGCAGGUAACACAGGAACUAUUCAGCUCUCGGACACUAAUGUCUUUAGGAGCAUGAUGAAAGUUAAUAUCAUAGUUAGCUUUCUUACGAGCAUCUCAAUCCGCUAACGCACAUGCUUGUUCCGCGAUUGUCCUCUAGUUCUUCGAGUCUGGCCUUCAUUGCGGGGCUAUAAGAAAUCUAACUUGAUGUGAGUCUAUCAAAUAUUCAAUACUGUAUGUUUGUAGGUCCCUUAGUUGCUGUCUCAGCAAACAUAAGCAGUAGUGAAAAAGAGGAAACGUCCCUGUAGUAAUGUCACUGCUGCAUCAUCAUCUGAAAUGGAAGACGUGUGAGUUUUCCUCCAGUGCAGCUUCCUGCGGUGUUUCCACUCCUCAAGCUCACUCUCACUCCACAUGCACUACUGUUUCCCUCACUACUGUGUUUUCAUUCAGCAAAUCUCAAGCUUGACAUUGUCUCCCAUGCAUGCUGGUGGACAUAUAUGCUGGGUUGUAGUUUUGUCGAUCUGUUGCGGAUCCACAGAGGAAGGUAAAUUGGCUGUGUUUGUGGCUUUGUUUUAAUAGUCUGGCAGAGUCACAGUCAGGUUGGUCCCAGUAGAUUAAGAGGCUUAUUGCAGCUCCCAGUUAGUAUUCCGGUAGGAACCUGUUUUGGGACAGUGUUUUGGAUGGAAGCAUGGAUGUAGUGUAAAAAUAGACCUCAUCACAGUGUUGUUAUUUUUAUUGUUCCCCUCACUAGUACUCCACUCUUGGUAAUAAAUCAAUUCUCACACUAACAGUAAUAAAUGUUCUUCUGACACAAACAGUCACAAUGAUCACAUCGCACCAUCAGUUAGACUUUGCCAGCUCUUGGGGACUGAGCCGUGAUAAUGAGACGAUGGGGUCGGGUACAGCCGUUACUCGAGCCCGCUCUGCUGUGUCCUGUUUUUCUUUUCGGUUGGCAACCUGGGAGGAGAAGUACGUUGCUGGAAGAAUGUGGGUCAGCUCUUGUAUGUUCACACAGAGAAAGGAAUUUGCAGCUAGAGCAGACCAGAGCUCUUCAGACCUGACUGGUGACAUGACAGACAGAUUGUGAAGGAAGAUAGGAGGGUAAAGGAGGUGGUUUGAAGAAAUCUGAUGGAGGAGUUAAUGCUGGAAAAGUUUUUCUCAGGGGGUCACAUCCUCCUCCUGUAGAGAAUAAUAUUAGUAUUUUGUUGCGCUGUCACAGUUUGACAUUGUUGACAGCCCCCUUGGCCCAUUUUAUCUGCAUAUGAACUGGUGCAGACGUUGAUGCAGUACUCUUUUGGCCUACAAACAGUUUCAUCCCCACCCACUCUUCAUGUUAUCUAUCAUGCAUACCUAAUGCUGACUUUUCCCUCUCUCUCUCCCUUCUAGAUGCAGUGUGGAUUUUGCUGGUGACUGGUCUGCAGGCACUCCACUUUUCUUGUCCCUGGAGUCAGGCAGUUUUUUUUGAGGGGGGGCGGAUUCCUGCAUUCCCCGUCGUUCAGUCCGAGUCUUUUUGCUUGGAAAAAAAAAACAACAACUGCCUGCCACUGGAGUACACAGCUCGUCCUUGCCCGUGUUGCUUGGAUCAGCACAGCUCAUCUCCUGACCGAGGAGAGCGCAGCAGCUGCACAAGAUUCACCUUCUACUUGUCUGACCCCGCCGGCCCCGCCCACACUGCCCCGUCACCAUGGUGCUGUCACAACGGCAACGAGACGAACUGUAAGUCACCUGUGCAGCUCUCAUAACGUAGCUGAAAAAUGAAGAUGUUACGUUCAUAAUGAAUGUUUGUAUACAAGCUGUGUGUGUCAUUGUUGUACAACUGGAGCUGUAGCAUCAUGGGAUGUGGUAUCUUAUAUAAAAGCUAUAUAUAACAUUCACUUUCUAGUAGUUGCACACUAUCAGAUCUGGUCUUUUGCCCAUCUACCAAUGAUUGCAGCUCUAACAUUAUUGUUGUUUCCUUUUUAUUUUAUUCAAAAAAGUGAGAGAUCAGUAGUUUUGCAUCCAUUGUGGUUUUACAUUUAAAGCUAUACUUGAUUUAAUGAUGACUCUCAGGUGCAUGACAGUAGUUUUGUAGGUGUUAGCAAUUAAAGCACCACAAAAUGCCAACUAUUCUUAGAGAUUAAAAAUCUUGGUCACGGUCAACAGAAUUUUAUUUAGCAUUCCUUAAGCAAGAAGAUAAGAGUAAGAAGGAUAGGGAAUAAAUUUACUCUGUCGGGCACAAACGUUUUUUUGGGACUUCAAAUUGUGGAGUUAACAAAGAGUCGAAAGAGAAAGAUUAAUAAGUGUCGUCUCACAUCCUUUUCAGAGUGUGUGCAGCAGCUGAACAUGUCUGCUCUAUUAGAUUCCUUUUUCCUAAAUCUGGUUGAAGGUUCCUGAGCUCCCCCGAGGUCUUAUAGCUUGAUUGUAUUGAUCCUCCGCCUAAACUACACAACCCUGAAAAUAUUUAGGAUUCACCAUUCGCCCUUUGUGGCUUAAAGAAGAGCACAGAGUGUCACUUUUCCCCCAAAAUAAACUCAAUUGGGAGGGAAAAAAACGGUGAAAGUUCAGGCAGGCGACCGUAGCUUGUUCUUUGCAUGAUGGCAGAAGUGUAUAGGUUUCUCUUACAUGCUUUCACAAAAGUGGCUUCACGUUUGCUGUGCAGUGUACACAGAGCAAGUAGAAGAAGUGAGAGAGAGAGAGUUACUGCAUUUAUAAGAGGAAUUGUAAUUUGGCUUUGCUUAGUCGGUGAGCCAGGUAAUUAACCCCUGAGGCGAAGGGGGAAAUGUUAAAGCAGCUCUGUGUGGGACCCAAGGUCAUAGAGUGAGUUUGAAUGGCUUUGCUGAGCUUUUAUUUCUGUAUUGGUUUAAGAUGUGUUUCUUUUUUUUAACAAAAAUACAAUCGUUAUACUUUUCCUCUUCAGAUUUAUUGUUUUGUUUUUCUUGUGCGCUGAAAUGCAUCAACGGUCACACAACAAGGCUCUUAGCAUUCCCAACUGUUUCUCUGUUUUCCGAUCAGCUCUGUGGGAGGGGUCUGUUGGUAUGGAGAGAUCUGUUGGAAUGCUAAUCUUUUAUGCUGUUUGCCAUUCAGAGGAAGCUGCCAGGGACCCCUCUUCACCUCUUUUUUCCUCGCUGUUGCGCAAACCCUCAGCCCUACGGCUAACAGGGAACCAAUACGGGACCAUCACACAACUGCAAGUCGCAUUCAAGUAUCAGUCGCUGCCCGCCUGUUGGAGAUGUUGUCCAACUCAGUGGUUGUUGCUCUGAUUGAGAUUUUUUACUAUCAAGUGUUCCCAAGAUUAUCACUCCCAACUGGUGGCCUCAUCUUUUGAAGGCGAGGAUGGCACAGGCCGUAGUGGGAACAGCGACAAAGCGACUGUCUGCUUUUCAUUUUUAUUACUUCAUUGGACCCCAUUACAUCUUUUUCACAGGACUGUUUACUACCAGGCAGCCAAAACAAAUAGACUUUGAGGCCUGCUUACUAAAUUAAUUCAGGGUGCAACCGUUUAAAGCAGUUCAGUAACUGCAGAAACGGUCAAUUCAGGAUUGAUUGAACUCUAUUAAAUUACAGUCAGUGUCGUUGUUAAAUACAUUUUUUGGGUGUUUGAUAUGAGUGUGAAAGCUUUAAAUGAGGAGGAGGUGAGGACAACCUAUCAACCUGCUCUUGAACAUCUGCCAGAAAGACAGCAAAACACAAAUCACUCCUGAUGAACAGUUUAUUUUCAAAGAGAGAAAUAACCUUUCUCCUAAAAGGUUGACAUGUUUUUUUUUAAACUGCAGUCAGAUGCUAUGAUUACGUAGCAUCUUUAUAAAAACCCUAUUUUUUGAGCCUCAGCGAAUGAAAAGCACAUUUGUGUUUCUUUCCAGGGUCAGGGGACUCGUCCCUGCAGGCACAACGUAAAAAUAGACCCAGAACAUAAACCCUCUGCUCCCCUGAAAGACCUGGAGGCACCCAUGUGCAGAUGGGCUGUCUUUUGAACUCGCUUUCUCUACUCAACAAAGAAAAGCCCCUCAGCCUUCUCUGCGUCUUGGGCUCUAAGAUAAUUCAUGUGAUUUUUGUCCCUUUUACAUCGUUUCCCGGCUGUAAGGGUGAUUACAUAACAGAUUAAAUGCCAAGACCUCACACAUUCACAGUGCAAAAAGGUGACUUACAAAAGGUACAACUUAAGACUACUCUCAGACCAAACGCUGUGAUGUUAAGUUAUGAAAUGACAGAAAACAUGUGCUACUCCAUGUCUUUACUGUCUUUAAUUCUUGUGUAAGCCUUCCUUUAUUAUCACCCUCCUUGCAGCUAUGAAUCCAGUCUUCACAGGUCUCAGCAUACAGGCUCCAGUCAGUGUGAAUCAAAACUGAUUAUGUGAAAGAAAAAAUGGAGGAUGCACUGCUAGCAUCUAAGGGUGUGGCAAAUACUCCUGAUGCCAAUACUUGCAGCAAAAACAGGACUGAGAAUAAUUAAAACCACAAUACUUUGUUCUACCAAAAAUAAGAGUCCUUUGUGCAAAAGCGUAUACAGUAGGGGAUAGCUGGGAUUUUGUCCAUCUGUACAUCCCCCAACAAAGAAUGGGAUAUUGUCAUGAUGGAAACAUAGCAAUGCAUGCUAAAGCAGGCUUUCAUAUUGAUUUAGUGUCCUUUUAAAUCAGUGGAGCUGCAUAACUUACAUAUACCUUUUUUUAAGGCAUGAAUUUAUUGAUUUACCUGUCUCAGAAAACAGUCUUGUGAGUUAAAGGCAAAAACUGAAAUGUUUUUUAUUUAUUGCACUGAUUGCGUAGGUUGCGUCCGUUUAGGGUUCACAGAUGGUGGUCACAUACCUUUGGUUGCGUAUCAGUGUCUGGGUGUGUCAGGUUCUUCCUCGGAGGGGCUGCACUAAAAACAUGAUAUUUUGAAGCACACAGACGAGGUCCCACAUGCUCUGAGUGCUUCUGCUGGUGCUCGGUGUAUUGAUUGUGGUCUCUGCAGGGAGUCCGUCAGUCAUACAGAUCUGAGUUAGCCUCAGGACUGGCACACACAUAGAUUGGCAUAGUUACUAUCUCUGUUGUCUGAACCCACUCAAUCAUUUGCUGCCACCUGUAUUCAAAAAAGAUUUACUCAUCCAGUGUCUCUGACUUAUUAAACUUUCUAUCCAUGUAUCGCUUAAUGAGUCAGGCACUUUAAAAAGUUUAUGAAGUUGUGUAGGAUUUUCCUGUCCGUCACGCAGCAAAUGUGUGGACUGUUUUUCUGACCAAUUAUCAUGGUGCUAUUUAGCUUUCUACUGAAACACAAAUCACCAUUUAAAUGUUCUUUGUCAUGCAGAUGUGACAUUUUUCUGAAAAAGUCCUUCGAUUUAGAAUUUUGUCCUGUUUUUAAAAAUACAUUUUAAACAUCUAUGAAUUCACACCUGUAAACUUACCAUACCAAACCAUCGUCACACAUAAGGGAGCCCUUUUGUGCUGGUUUUUAAGACAUAAGGUAUGUCACAUAGAGGUGAGCAGGACUGUGUUAAACCAGACAUUUAAUCCAUCAAAUACAAGAGAAAAUUUGUUCUACCUAUAAAAGUUUCAGCCCUUUCCUUUUCCCAAAGUUCUUAUCAUGUUAAAGCCCCUUAGAUGGGAGACUCAUAAUGCUGUUAAUUUCAGGGUGAGACAGGUAGGCUGUGAGGAGAGGACGAGCACUCUUCUUUCAUACUAGUAAUGAGCUCUGCAGAGAGGAUCAACUGUGAAGCUAAAAAAAAAAAAAACUUCAAAGUAGACAGCCCCUCUUCCUUUGCUCCUCAUAAGAGAGAAAAGGUCCAAUCCAGUCUCUGAUUUUCUGUCAUUUUUCUACUCUUGACUACCAGAGGUGUCUGUGUGCUGAAUGGAUUUAGACCAAAGUGCAGUAUGAGCCUAAAAACUCAAAUGUCUGGUUCUGUCACAUGAUGAUGGUGUUGGAGCUGUUGGUUGACUUCAAAGCUGGUUGACUUUUUGAAGUCCUUUUACCAUGUACUGCAGGUCAACAAAGCAUUAAAAGAAAGACCCAUCAGAUGAGCCUCUUUAAUCACACAUUAUGGGCAAAGAGGUUAGAUUCUUUAAGUAAACCAUAUCUACUGAGGCAUAAUGUUUAGUUAUUUCUAGGGUUGAGUGAUUAUGUUUUGCACAGAGCUGAAAAAUGAUUUUUGUUGUACUGGAUUAGCAAGAACACUGUGAGGAAACAUGCUAAGGCAUGAUCAAGCAUGUUCUACACAGUCAGGGCUGCAGCUAAUGGAUAUUCUCACCCUGAUCAGCUGCAAAUUAUUUUUCCCUCAGCCUUUUUUGUUUUGACAAUAAACGAUCAGGAAAUGACGAAAAGCUGAUUCAAUUCCAGCCAAGAAAAAACGGGUAUUAGUCGCAGAUUUCGUGGAGAUCCAACUGUAACCCAGUAAUUAUGCAAUUGUGUCCUAUGACUUUAGAGGAAUGUUUCUGGGAACAAGCUCUCCUGGUCAAGUUAUCAGCUGUUAAGACGGAGGAAUAAGCUUUACUGUUGUAGCUUUGAAGGGGCCUUCUAAGUUUCUGUACACAUUGUAGCUCCGCUGAAUAUUUCUCGUUACUUCCUCAGAAUGAUCUGUUCAGCAAAUGAAGGGGUUCAUUCUCUACAUUUUUUUCUUCAAAUAACAUGAAUGGCUGCAUUUAGCAUACCUGUUGUUGUAUACCAAGGGUUUCAGCUGUCAAAAUAUAAGCAAAGAAAUGGAUGUUUCUGUUUCAAGACUGAAAAAGAUCCAUAGAUAGUUGUGUUUCCCACAUAUGUAUGAUACAGGACUAGCGUUCGGCCCUCUAGCAAUGUUUCCCACAUAAAUAUAUAUAAUACAAGGUUGGUGCUCGAUCCUCUGACAGCAGCUCUGACAUGUAUGCAGAAGUAGGAACACAACACUGUAUCAGUUCAGUGUUUCAUGGAGUGUUUUCUGUGGUGUACUGGUGCAUGUUUGUGCGGUCAUGUGACAGAUAUAAAUACUACCUGUAAAGUGGUCAUUUUCUCUAUUUAAUUAGGAGCUUAAGUAAUUUUAGAUACACAUUGAUCGUCGAUGACAAUUAGGAAGUGGCGUCAGCAUGCUACAUGUCCUGCAUUGUUGCCAUGCACACAUCACAGUUUCUAUGUUUAGAGGACGUCUCAUUCAUCUCUCGAUGGUUGGUAGUGUCUGUGUUAAGUUUUAAUCAACACUGUUACAUCUCAACAAAUAUCACAGUAGGUAAAUGACACAGUAGUGCAGAAACAGCAGAAUUAAUGAAGUCCACAUGUUUGUAAAUGCAUUUGAAUAAAUUUUUAUAAUUGAUGUGAUAAUUACACAAAAUAGCUCACAAGACUAAAUGAUUGUUGCAAAGUGGUGCAGAAAUCAAAAUUAAUUAGGCAUCAAUUAGGCAAAGAAAUAAUCCGAACAGAGCAAAAAGGUUAUUUGGUGUUAAGGAGUUUCUGGGGGAGAUACCUGGACCCCUUGAUCAGGAAAAUAGUAACAACCCCUUAACUAUUUAAUCACAUUAACAAGCAUGUUUUGCAAAAAGAGGAACAAUAUUUUGAAUAUAGUCUUAUUCAAAUCUAGGAAAAAGGAAUUGUAUCAGUGUAAAGAGUGAAAAAAUGUGCAAAAAUGUAGCCCCACUAGUUGUGGCCUUGCUGUUUGAAUAUGCAUACUUGGCAGAGGUAUUGGUAAUACCACCAUCCAGCACUUGUAUGUUGUUCUUUGCUGUUCGGACUCUUAUGAUCAUCAGUCUCUGGUUUAACCUGUCAACUCUCAGAGCCACCAGACAGUAUUUUGCCUCAACAGUAGACAGUUGUACUUGAACUUUCAAACACUGCAUGUCCAAAGAGUUGUAAAAACUGUGAUUUUGAAAAAAAUCAGUUAGAAGUUAAAUAGUUAAUGUGCUGAGGAACCUUACUAAGUGUAGUCCUUAUGAGAAAUUCAUCAAGGGUUCUGAAAGAUUGAACAAGUCUAUACAUCAUCUAGUCUGGAAAGGCUCCUUUUUCUGUGGACAGAUAUAUGGCUCAGGACAGCGCCCUGGCCAGGCAAGCAAAAUCCUCCUGAGAUUUAUAGAGCAUUUAGAGUUUGUCUACAGCUGAGCAGAGCUCUGCACUUACUGUGAAGGCUGAAGUGUCAGUAUGCGAUGCCUGAGAAGCACUCUUUGAAAUGUGUCAGAAUUGAUGCCUAGAAAAGACCAACAGUUGUGUCCCUGCUUGGUAACUGAUGUUAGACAUGAUGGUUUUUGUUGUUGUCAUCACAGUGUAGACAAACACGACCAUGUUAAUGAUGGUGACAAUAGUGGUGAAUGGAAAGAGACUUAUACUGCUGCAGCCUAAGUUAAUGGUUUGACUUUUACUGCCUACACUGACAACUAAUUCCCCUCAUAAAUCACCCUGAUUCUCACUGUUGGCUGAAGAAUCCUCAUUAUUAGCAUAUUAGAAAUGUGUGUGAAUGUGUAUGAUAAUUGGAUUGGUUAUUAUAGUAGAUAGUGUUUCAAAUAGUGGUGGGUGGUGUAACAGUUCCCAGUGUAAAUACAUAUUUAGAUUUUUAAUACACACACAUUAUGAAUGUAGUCCUCACGUGGCAGAGAUUUGCUUCCCCUAACACUGAUGUGGCCACAGUGGUGUGUAAAAGAAGGUAGUUUUUUGAAGUAAUUUAUAAUCUACAUCUACUAGACUUAAUCAGAGCAGAGCCAUCAGUGAGCCCCGUCUCCUCCUCUUCCUGUUAGAGCAGGUGUAAGUUCGUGCUCUUUCCUAAUUUGUGAGUGGAUAAAAGUGAGUGACCAUGUUUUCAUUUGUAAUCCCUUUACACUUUUUACUGCUACUGUCUCAGAUACCAGGAAAAUGCUCAAUAUUAGUAGUCUAUUAUUGUGUUAUUGAACAUCUGAAUUGUCUUGGACUUGAAAAACACUGCUUUAAUCUGGUAUAAAGUACAUUUUUUGAAAAGCAUUACAGCAAAAAGGAGGAGAUUGCAACAUUAGUUUUUUUCUAUAUCAUGCAGCUCCAGUAUCAAACUACCAUGGCAGUUAAAAGUUCACUGAGCUUGAUGUUUAAUUCUGGUGUUGUUCAUUGUUAAAAUGGUAGAAACAUAGGUUUAUGUUUUAUAAUCCAAUGACCAUUGAAGCAAAGCAGCUUUCACACAGCUAGGUAGAGCUUAACUUGUUUUUUUGACCACAUGAGUUUGACUUCACGUGGUAUACUGCACACUUACAGCUGUUAAGUGUUGUUAAAUGUUUCAUCCUGGUGAAUUUAUGUGAGCAGGAAACAUACAGCACUCUAAGAAAACUCAUAGAAUCGCUGUGAGAAAUUGUCUUGUCACAAAAACGAUGCGAAAGUGAGUGAUCAUGGAGCAGGAAAUGAUGGGAGGAAGUCAUGUUGUUGUCAGACUUGCUGCAUGUCUGACUCACCUCUCUUCUCUGAAAGAUUAGGUCAUCCUUCUCUCUGUCUCUGUGUCACAGGCAGCUCUCUCACUCCAUUAUGACUUUACAGCAAAUGAGUGAGCACUUCCAGAUGUCCAACUGACCAGCGGGCUUCCUUUCUGUUGUCAUAUCUGGCCUCUGUUUCAGUCUCAUAGGAUAUAACUGAUAAUUCUUGGAUUUUAUUGAUACUGAUACUGCUUAUUGAUACAGUACUACUGUGGACGUGUGUGUCCUUUUCAAAACUAUUGAAAUUGCCUUUGAACUCCACUUUGGUUAACCCUGUUUUACCUUUUGAUAAUCCAAAAUAGAAUCCAACAAGUGAUUUGUCUCAUGGCACGGCAGGUCCACCCGAACACAAGCUGAGUUUGUUCAAAGUAAUGUAUCACAGUUCAUUUUAUUGAAUCAGGCCAAAAUUACAGCUACAAUAGAGACUGUCAGGCUUUCUUUUGUUCUUAUCGCCCCUCUGUCUUCUCUGUCCAUGUACUCGCCCUGCCCUCUUUCCCACUAUCUCCCCAUCACGUCAUCUAGCUGUGGGCUGCUAGUAACCAUGGAAACCAGGAGGUUUGCUCUCUUUCUGUCAACAUUAGUACACAUCCUUUCCUGUAUCUCAGUCUUUCAGGACCAGACAUACUGACAAUUACAUGUUAUUUAGUGGUUUAUUGUUUAUAUAUUUAUUGUGUCACAUGUAGAAAGAAACAGAGGCUAGACAGAAAGUAGCUGGUACUUUAUUUGUUUGUUUUUUUGUUACUGGUGGAUGUUUUUGUGUAGUUUUUAUAUAUAUAUUAUUUCAUAUAUCCAUUUUUAAUUGGAAGUCGCCCCUUAUGAACAUUGACACUAGGCCUGAACGAUAUAUCGUUUGACUAUCGUCAUCGCGAUGUACGUGUGUGCGAUAGUCACAUCGCAGAGCCUGCAAUAUUGGAGGUGAAUGAACUCAUUUAAUUUCAAGGGUAACCUACUGAGAUACACUCCAUGUGACUCUGCAUGUGCUGUGCAGCGAUCCACCAAUCGCCUUCGUCCUUAACUCAGUUGCCAAUCAGACUCACUUCUCAGUUGCCAAUCAGACUACCCUGCCAGCUGUCAAUCAAAAUCAGGGAGGAGAAAACCCACCCCUGCACAUGUUCUGCACAUGGAGGGAGACGUGUGUCCGCUGAGAAUUACUUUCGGAACUUUACUCAUGACUAUUAAGCCCAACAAAUAAGAACUGUAUGGGUUUUAAAUUGUACAUUUCCGUGGACCACUCUACUAUAAGCAGUGCGCGUUUUGCGAGGUGCAUGCAAUUCUCGGAGGACAUGCGUUUCUCGGCACAACACCGCUAACAACAACAACAACGAUCGCAAAAUGAACAACGAACAAGCGAAAACCACCGAAAAUGAAGAUUUGUUGCUAAAAAGAAAAGGAAAGUCAGUUGUCUGGAAUUAUUUCGGUUAAAAGAAGGAUGAUGUCGACCAAAACACGUCUUCUGUGUUCAUCUGUUGCCACAAUAACGUCCCAGCACAAUAAAAGCUAAAAAUAUCUCUGAGACAGACAGAAGCCGUUCUACUAACAUUCACAAAAAGAGGUAAGAUCAGAGCAGAUUAACUGUCCUCAAGAUUUCAGCAGUGCAGCAUAACAUUAAGUGCUAUUCAGGUCAUCUGGUGAAAAUACUGUAUUUUUAAUAUCGCAAUAUAUAUCGCAGGGUUGAAAAAAUCGCAAUAUUAUUUUUUUCCAAUAUCGUGCAGCCUUAAUUGACACUGAUUGCUACAAGUGACUUUAAGCACCGACCUAUCACACAGCGGUAGCAAAAAGCAGAGGUUCUCGAUGCCCAUCCUUAGAGAAUGGCCAAAUCACAGAUCUAGUGGAAUUUCAGGGUCUGUGUCAGGUUGACUGGAGGCACACCUGCUAAUAGACACUCCUGAGAUGCCCAGCCCACAUCAAAGCUCCCUCUUGGCCUCUGCUCCUCUACACCUGCUUAAACACUUUCUCUCACACAUACGCUCGCACACCUCCUCCUUCACCCUCUAGUUUCCACUCCUGCAGCAGGUAGCUUGUUAGGGGAGUAGAUAACCUCCCGCUAACCUUGAGCUGUAAUAGGGCCUGCUCCUGUUGUCAUGGGGAUUCAGAUGGGCAGAAGGAGUCAGGGGGAUAUCAGCAUUCAAAACUGACCACGAGGGCACAGGGGGCACAGACUGGGCUGACAGAUUGCGCUGCCCCCCCACCACAUUCACUGGCAUCUUAAAGCCUCACCUGCCUGACAGCUUGUCUGACUCUGCCUACUCGCAUUAAUAAUGAGAUCCACCAUUUAAAAAUGCUAAACUUGCUCAUUCUGUGGUUCCAUAUGUGUUAAAAGUUUUCCUUUCCACUCUAAUGGGGAUAUUGUGGCUUUAAAAAAACAGCAUAAUAAAUAAUUAACUUUUCUGCACUCUCAUGAGAACCUAAUGAAAUGGAAAAUAAAAGCCUGACCAAUUAGACCCACCUACUUGAACCUCAUUAAUAACUCUAGGUAAAUUGAGCUGCUGCUGAGACUGCAGUCGUAAACUAGCCCUGUGUGUGGAUGUCUGUGUGUGUCAGAGAGAUUAAAAGUGUAUGUUAGCUGAGUGUGGGUUUCCCUUAUAGCCACCCAUAAAACCAGGAAAAGCACUGACAGCCUCCUUUCUCCUGCCCGGUCUAUUGUCUGCUCUAUCUGGACUUCCGUCUCCACAUAUUUGAAAUACUAAGAUGGUUUACAGCCGAUCUGAAAGAUAUUGGCUCCAAGAAAACAUAUUGACAGGCUCUCUAAAAACCUUUGCAUAAAGUGAAGUAAAAUAUGAAUGAUUAUCUCGUUUCAUGUGUGUGUGUGUGUGUCUGUCUUUCUUUAUACCUGGUGAUGUGUGCAUUUACUCUCAGCUUUCCUGAUAUCUACACCACAGGGAGUCAUCCCUUCUUAUUAUUUGCCCACAGCAACAAGAGCUCAUUAUAGAAACCAGACAGAUGUGAUCUGGUUUUGUGUCAAAUGGGUGGAGAGUGUGUGUGUCUGUGUGUGUGUGUGUGGGAGGAGGGGUGUGUGUGUAUGUGUAUGUAGGAGAUCAGGAGACUAUCUGUGUGUCUUGUUUAAGAUAGUGCAAAGAGUUAGACCGUAUUUGUGCUUGCAAAGCACAUUUGUCAUACAGCCAGAAGCGUGAUAACACAGUCUGAAUGUGAACGCACGCAGAAUUUACAUUUUUGUCUGUCACAUUUCCUGAACAUGCUCAUUUUCUGUCUUUGUUUCGCGGCGUUAAAUACAACUCCAUUUCCCAUGUUGCUUCCCAUGGCACUUUAACAACUAUCUUGUCUGCUAAUCAGGAGAACUAAUUACUGCUUUUCUUUGUCUGUUUCAGAAAUCGAGCGAUAGCCGAUUAUCUUCGUUCCAAUGGAUAUGAAGAGGCGUAUUCCACUUUCAAGAAGGAGGCGGAAUUAGAUAAUGUGAGUGGAUUAAGGGUGGACACACACAUCCGCACAGCCAAUCAGACCAGUUUUAACACACAAUAAUGCACUGAUUUGUACUUAAUUUGUCAUCUUUGUGAACAUGUUCAUGAGUGUGACCAGGGGCACCUGCACCCAAUUAUGGUGGUCGCCGUCUGAUUAGGGGCUCUUAGCUGCAUGAUCCCGCUAGCUACUUUCGACUCUCGAGCAGAGCCUCUGUAGUCUAUUGAAUUUGUUUCGUUUGAAUGUGGUUAAAUUACAUUCAUCGGCCCGUUUAAUUAGGUAAAUGUGUAUCUGUAAUGCAUCAACUACAAAAGUGAGCCAGAAAGUCAACCUUCUAUGAUUCCUAUAUCAGAUUUCUCUUUCAUUGUGGUUGAGGAUUUGAGCUAACUAUGUGGAAUCAGGCUGGGUCUGUUACAACAAAUCAGUAAAACUUGAAAAUAACAUCAUUAUGGUUCACUAAGCAUUAGAUAUCUAAUGGUAAGUGCCAAGGUGUAAAUGGAACAAAAUCUGCUUUUGUGUCUGUGACUGUAGGGUCACUGCAGAAGUGGGAAUUUUUAACAUUGAACUAAUUUAUCCUUUUAUAUGAUUCUUGUACUUUCAAGGAUUUCCUGUGCUUGUGUGAACCAUCAGCUCACUCUCCUGCUUUUGUUCAGCUGAAUCCUUUUUUACAGAAGACUCUUUUCAUCCUACUCUUCCUUUCCUGUCUCUCUGUAUAGCAUCUCUUUUUUUCCCCUUCACCUCAUGUCAACAACCUCCCCCCAUGGUAUCUUUAUUCACUCUUCCCCAGACGUUUUUUCCACGGCUGCCCUGUGGAAGCCGGCUGAAUAAUAGAUGAAUGGCAUGAGGAAAAGGUGCUUCCUGUUGAGUAUAAGCAGUCAGCCACACACUCCUUGUCAGCUUAACAACCAAGUUAUUCUAAAGCGGAAUAGUUUUGCAUUUUAUUAUCGAUCCAUCUUUUGGUGUCUAUUACGUGUGGUUAGAUUUUAUUCAUCAUGAAUUAAAUGUUAUUUAACAUUUCCUUUUAUGUUCCACUGUGGAUUACAGUAAAUAUUAUGGUUUUCAUGGAAUUAUUAAUAAGGGUCACUUUUUUCCCCCUUUGCUCUUUUUUCUUCUGCAAAAAAUUGACAUUUAUGAAUCUCGCGCGCACACACACACACACACAUGAAGGCAUUGUUAAGAGACUAGUGGUGCUGCAGUGAAUUCUGGCACAGCCCUUCGUGUGUGUGUGUUUGUAUGUUCAUAUGUGUGUGUUUGUGUUGUAAUGGGCAGAGUCUCCAGGCAGAUGGCAGAUUGGAUGAUGGCAGACUUGUCCAUACUGGAUUCCCUGUGUUCCCUCCUUGUCUUCUUUUCUCCUGUGUUUCUUUGUCAAGCCAUCAAUGUCUUUGUCUUUAUUUACACCUCAUGUCAGUCAUAGGAUUCACCUCUCAUCUUUCAGGAGUGUUUAAUGGAGGCAGUGGGGGUCCCUAUAACUCUCCACACCUCAAGGAUGUCUUUGUUUCCGGCCAUUGCUAGGGGACUAACUGUGAAAUUGGAGCGAAGUGCUAAUUUGCGUCCUCGCUGACACCCAUGGCUGCCUGUCAGUGGCGGUUUUUGACGCUUUGUUAGUGACAGCCACAAGGCAACAUUGUGUUCGAUGACAGCAAAACUGCUUAGAAUGAGACCACACCAAGCAAAGCAAAAUAAUCACCUGAGGAGGAAAGAAAUUCUCUUUAUUCAGACAUUUUGUUAAUGAAGCGGCUGUACUGCUGUGCAUAGAUAAUAGGGGUGUGCCAAAAAAUCGAUUCACACAAGAAUCGCGAUUCUAAUUUAUUACGAUUUAGAAUCUAUUUGAAAUGACCAAAAAGGGAUCCAGCCGGCCCAAUCUUCACGAAAAGCUAAAGUUUGGCAUCAUUUCGGAUUUUACCGAAUGCCCGGACACAUUGAGGCAUGGACAUUGUAAAACUAGUUCCAAGCAUUUCAGCAACACGUCAAAUGCGCGGGCUCACAUAACGAGGCAUCACCAGUUGAGAGAUACGAAGCAGACUCAGCCGCCAGCUGCAGACCAACGCACGCUGCAGAGCUUCACGAAGCUCUCCGCCAGCUCUGAGUGGGCAAAAAAAAUAACUUGGUCUAUCGCCUAUUACUUGUAAAAAUUCCAUCUAAGCAUAGAUAAAUACUUAAAGCUUAAUAAAUGUUAAACGUCUUCAUUUGUCAUUCUGUCUUGCACAGUGGAUCGGAGUAGAUCAUGAUCAGAAAUCAGGUCAGAAAUCAUUAUGAAUAAAAUCGUUUUGAAUCGAAAAUCGAUUUUAAAUCGAAUCAUGGCUCCAAAAAUCGGAAUCGAAUCGAAUCGUGAGACAGUAAAAGAUUCCCACCCCUAAUAGAUAAUGAAAGUAGUCUUGGUGAGCAGUGGCAGAGAGAACAUGCGGCCACAUUGUUUUGUGUCUCUCUCGCCAGUGAGAAACCGACAGUGCAUGCCAUGAGGGCCGUUACGUAAAAGGUAGUGGCCAGCUCGUGGUAUUAACCCGCAGGUGGAAUCAGGCGUCUGUCUGCCAGGGCGGCUACAAGUUAACUUCCACCGCUGCCUGCAGGACUGGGUGUGUGGCUGUAAGCUGCCUAAGCCCUUCUUGUCUGCAGAAGAUUAGCUUUUGUGAGAAGGAUUAGGACUACUGUGUGUGUUUAUGCGUGCGCAGUAUGCAUGUGUUUAUGUUAGUGUGCUGUACAGUAGGUUGGCGGUGUCUGGCAGUCAGAGUUGGCCUGUGAGGGGUAUGUAAAUAAUUCCCUGUCCUGUCUUACUAUAGCCAAAGACCUCAGCAUGCCACCCCAGCUGGCCCUCCUCCCAGAGGCCUCCCUGAUAAUGCUGAGUCCCUGACUUCGAUUGGCUUUCUUUGCAUGUUUGCCUAAUAGUUUUUUUUUUUUUCCCCCUCAACCCCCUCCCCUUCUUUUCCCCACAGAAUGAAGAACUGGAUAAGAAAUAUGCCGGCCUUUUGGAAAAAAAAUGGACCUCAGUCAUCAGACUACAAAAGAAGGUUUGUGGAGUUUUUCACAGUUAAAGAAAGCUUGUGGGGAUUGAAGCCUUGUGAAUAGUUCGUGACAUUUCUGCUGAAUCAACUGUUAAUACUAAAAGGAAGUCUUACAAGUCGGAAAAAGCAGUAAUCCAAUAGUUAAUGCAUUUUAAUUAGUUUAAAACUGACUGUAAAACUUAAAAGGCAAUUUUUAUGCCCUGGUGUAUUUAUGUACUCUUAAGUGUUACUGAGUAAAGUACUUUUAGCUUCAGCUCUGUCAAAUUGUCCCUGUACUCUAACCACAGGUGAUGGAACUUGAAUCCAAACUGAAUGAAGCUAAAGAGGAGAUCACUUUGGGUGGGCCUGUAACUCAGAAGCGUGACCCCAAAGAGUGGAUCCCUCGCCCACCAGAGAGGUACGCACUGAGUGGUCACCGCAGUCCAGUCACUCGAGUCAUCUUCCACCCCGUCUUCAGCGUCAUGGUGUCAGCCUCAGAGGACGCAACAAUAAAGGUCAGUGCUGCUAACUCUUCACAGCAGAUUUGUUACUAAGCCUGUCUUCCAUGUUGGCUAAUGACACAAACAAUUGGAUCACAUUACUCCAAUUCAGUGUCCAGAAAGUCAGAGGCUGGUCAGAGGUCAGAGGUGUCACUGUGACACCAAGAUGCCAUGAAAAAAGUAUAACCUUGCCGACUUAAAUCUUGUGAGUGUGGGUUUAUGCUCUCCAUAAUGGGACUGGUGUGAACAGUUUGACUGGUCUGCAGAAGCAGUCAACCAUCUGGUGGUUAUUCUGGUUUCGUGUCUGUUAAGGUCCUUACACACUGGGAUAUACGACGCGAAAUUACAAAAUAUUCAGAGACGACUUCUGACGCGCCACAUCAAGCACGAUGCGAUUUUUCCACUUUCCAAGGGGAAAAAAAGAUGCGUCCCAGGUGGAAGCGAGAAGACUGACACAACGGCAGACUGACUGUUGUCAGUUCUGAUUAGACACUAGUGUUGAGAUGGCUGUCUGUCAUGAUAGCAUGUACUGAGUCGGGGCCAGUACCAGAUAAGAACAUUAAACUAUAAUCCAUAAACGUAAGGUAACAACUGAGACCUAAUGGUGCUGUGACGGCAACGUGAUUGAGUUUGAGACAGUGAAAAUACAUAUGGUAUGUUGUAUCUGAACAGGUUAGCAUACACGCUAAAGUUACUUAGCACAGAUGAAAGUUUAAACAAAGACGUUUAGCAAACUGUUAAAGCACACAAACCAUUGUCAUAUGAGAAAUCCGACGCUAUGACUCUCCACAAGUUGUCCUUCAGGUCGUUAUCUUUGUAAUAUUUGUGUCUUUUAUCAAAAAGCACUCUGUUCUCCAACAUGUAAACAAUCAGCCGGUCGGCCAUGUUGGAUAUACCGGUGAAUCUGACGUCGCAACAACAUGAAAUCUGAUUGGUCAGAAGUGGACACACAGUAUGCGAAACUUUAGAAAAAUCGACCUUGAUACGAAAAAAUAAAUGCCGCAACAUCACGAAACGGGAAAACGUUGCUGAUGUGAACGCUUGUAUUGACAGGAUACAGGUUAGAAAAAAUUUAUUGACAUCCAAAAUAAUCGCAUGAAAAAAACACUCCCGGUGUGAAAGGACCUUUAAAGUAAAAGAGAUUGGUGUUUUCAUAAGAACUUAAUUAUCUUCAUGGUGGAGAUGGAAGAAUCUCUUUCCCCUCAGUCCAGUCAUGAUGUUUGUGAUGCCAGUGAGAUUUUGGUUGAAUAACAACUAACUGAUCAUCCAACUGACUGAAGGAUGUCAGCUCCAGUUUUUAGGAUAUUUCUGAGAUGACUGUGAUUUCCAAAACAAAUGAAGAGUCAUUGUAAACACAAGAACUUGGAUUUAUGCAUUGAGGUCACAGAUGUUAAUGUGCGUUGAAGAGUUGACUAAAGAAUAAUGUUAAUUUCACAAAGUAUAAAGUCAGACAUGUAUGGAUGUUGAUGGUAAGCCUCUCUAAAGCCUCCUUUAAGUUUUUGUGUUGACUUUGCGCUGUAGCCGCCUACUCCAUAGUGGGUAUUACGCAAUUGUUUGCUGGAGUGUCCGUGUCACAUGGCAGUACUUCACCUAGAUGCUAGAUAGCAGUGUUAUUUUGGUGCCUGUGAGUGUAUUAUGUUGGAGUCUUUGCUGAUAAAUGUUGAGCAGUUGUUGACAAAGAAGAAAAGAGAGGUGAUGUUGGAGGAAAUGGAAUGAAUCAAGCCAUGAUGCCAGAAAUACUGUGAAUGUAGAAAACGCAGUGCUGCAUACCUGACCCAUCAAAGGGCUUUUAGUUUGAAUAGUUCCAACUGGAAGUUUCUUUUUUGAGAAGGUGCAUGUCAAGUCAGAUAUAUAGGCUUCUCCACAGGUACUGACCUACGUGGUGUAGGUUGGAAGCAGAUGAGUCAGUCCAGUUUGUUUUGUAAGGGACUGUAAAUGUAGCAACAUUCUCCUCCACAAGGACCCCUGCUAUUGUUGUCCACAAAAUGAAGAAGCCCCGCCCCUUCUUUGAUGUGAUUGGUUGGCGACUAUAAUGUGAGAUUUACAAAAGGGGAAAUGUAAAAGUUGAACUAUUCUAACGGAGAGUGCUGCGUUUUGUUUUGUUUUUGUUUUGUUUUCUGAUGACUGAUAAUGUUGAACUGCUUUUAGUUUGAAUAGAAAGUAGAUAUUUCCAGUACAAACAAGUGUGUCAGUCACCACAGCACUGACAGCAGGCAGACCCUCUCUCCUUAUUACAAUUAUCAUAUACAGGAGUGGUCUUUUAAUUUAUCACCAGCCUGAUGGCAGCUUUAUUACACACAGCUUUUUCUCCCUCUCUUGGACGUUGCUCCUCCUCCUCAUACAUUAUUCUUCCUCAAUUUCCGCACUUCCUCGUCUUUCUAGCCCCAUCCUCGAUCUCUUAUCUCCCCAUCGUCUGCUUCCCCAGGUCCCAAAUAUAAACGCUAUAGUUUGUCUCUGAGCUAUUUUUGUUGCUGCAGCUCUCACCUCACUGCACAAUGCCAAUACUCUGAGCUGUUUGUUCUGCAUAUUUUAUACAUGAGACAAUGAGAGACAUGUGUAUCUCCACUCCACCCACACAGCAGGAAUUCCUUUCUGCCUUUUGGCAUCUUCUCCCUUCACCAAAACCCACAGCAGCCCCCUCCUCUUUGCCCUAACCCACACACACAUAUACACAUAUCCUGCUUCAUUUAUCUUCCACUUACGGCAUCAGCCGACCCAGCAUGACUACCCUCCAUCCCUCAGAAGGAGGCAAGCCUUCUCAGCUCCUUGUUGCCUUGUUGCCUCCUUUCUCUCCAAAGUAUGGCCUCACUCUCUCUGUACCCUCUAUUUCUGCUUCUUAACAUCUUUCAUUAUUUUGAACUCAUUAAUAAACCUUGAGUCCGUUGCAUUAAUUCAGGCAGAGACAGCCUGCUGAGCCCACUAAUAAGACCGAGCUGUCGUUUCAGUUUUAUACCCACUGAUAGUAAAAAGAAUGAAAAGAAAAAAAUUGAUUUACAUAUUUGUUGAUCUUGUGAAGAGAGGUGUUUUGUGAGUGUUUGUGUUCUCACUGAUUGAUAAAUUGAUACAGCUGUUAGAUUCGUGUUACGUUACCCCUCGUUAUAUAGACCGUGUAUAAGCUUAAACGUUCCCCUUCACGUCAGUGGAAGAGGGUCAGACAAGAUUUGAUAUGCACUCGUUGAUGACUCAAAACAAGUCUAAAAUAACAUUGUGUGUUGUUGUGCUCACGCAGCGCGGGUAGAAAUUACUUGUGCGGCAUUGAUAAUGAUGCUACUAAUGCCAUUAAUGCUACUUGCUAUAUAGACCGUGUAUAAGCUUGAACGUUACCAUUCACGUUGAUAGAAGAGGGUCCAACAGGAUUUGAUGCGCUCCUCGAUGUCUCAUAACAAGUCGGAAAUAACGAUGUGUGUUGUUGUUGUGCUCACACAGUGCGAGCAGAAUCAUUCAUGAAUGUAGGGGAAACACUGCUGAUACAUAUGAGUCCAAGGUAGAACUAUCUGAGAUAAAAACUAAAAAAAAAUUUUGGUGCAGCGUCUUUUAUUUAGCCGUGGCGAUGCGCCACAAUCAAUUGCAUGUAGGGGAAACCCUGUGAUAAGAAGCUGCAUUGACAGGAGGCAAAAAUACUGUAAUGCUUAAAGGGCUAUUGAUUAUAAAUAAACCAAUGUAAAAAUAAUUUAAAAGAAUUCCUAUUUUAUAAAAAAGGAAAUUGUUGACUUGUUGUAUUUGUAUUUGAAGAAAAUAUUUUAACAGGGCAAAAUUGUUGUCUGACUGGUCAGUAGCUAAAUGCAGAGACUAAAAACAUCCCUAAUCACAAACCAUGCCAAAAGCAGCAUUAAUUUGUCCAUGCUCACAAAGCUCCAAGAGGUCAGUUUUUAGAACUGUCUUGAUUUUAAGCGUGUCUCCUCAACUGCACCAAGUUUUCUUCUUCCCCUUUGUUCGUUAUCUCUCAUUUUUUCGUCCUUGUUUUCCCCUCACACCUUUAGUUCUGCCCUUCUCAGGGCCACAUCCUUCUCCUCUUCAUUCCUUGUUCUCCCUCUGGUGCUUACAUAGCAGAUCUCCCAAUGCAAAGAUGUUACCUUCAGCUUUCACAGUAUGUAAAUCAGUUUGUCUCGUGCUCGGCGCAGUGUUCACUUACAGGCCGGGUUGAUUCAAACAAGGGCACAGAGCUGGGGUGUCAGCUCCCUUAUUGCUUUCUUCAUAAAUGGUGUUUACAAAGGACGUCUAUGUAUUAUUGUUGGCCUUGACAAAAUGACAGAUUAUGUAGUAGAAGUCCAAGAUAUUAAUCACAAUGAAAUAGAGUAGGAUUUUUGGCAGCUCUUUUAAUAAUGUCCUGGAGGUGUUACACCGUGUUAAGUUACAGGUAGUUAAUGGAUUAUAUUUGCAUUAACUGGAGGCAGUUUUGUGUGUGUAGACCUCAGCCUGGUGUACCUCCAAACACAUUAACUGCACUGAUCUUCCCCUGGAUUAAGCCCCCCUUGCACUUUGUACCUUGCAGCCAUCUGUACUGUCUGUAGCUUCCUUUCAGGGGGAGACAGAAGGACCAGUCAGAGGGGGAGGAGAGGGGCCUCCUGUCACAGUCUGUACAAAAUCCCCCACCCCAAGAGGGUGACCAAGGAGGGUUUAUUCCCUCUGUAACAAACCGUCUGCCUGCUCGAAAGCAAGAGACAAAACAGCUUUCUCAAAUUAGAAAACCGGGUUUGCGCCGUAUUGUCUUUGUUCCCAAACGCUGCGCCAUAAAAUGUCUCUGUUUUUAUCAGUACUACUUACUAACAGCAGUCUUCCUGGCUCAUGCAUCAAUGUCACUAGUAAUGCAUCACAGGAUCUGUAACUCGAUAUGCAAAGUGUGUGUGGUGUCUACAAACUAAGGCCGUAAGUGAUGAUGUCUUUUUGAGGCGUGGCUGCAGAUACUUCUCCUAUCAGCAUAUCUAAUUGCUGUAACUGUGAUCCGUCUUCUCUGGACAGUUUGGCUCUGGACAGUCCUGUUAAAAAAAAAAAACAAGAUGAUGUAACAUGAUGUAACUCUGCUUCGGUUCAGUUUGAGAUGUUGUGGCUAAGAAUAAUGUGUUUAUAUAUUAGCUACAACUUUGUAUCCCCUCAUAUGUUUCUGUAAAGCUCACUCAUGGAUAUGUUCUCUCUUCUGCAGGUGUGGGACUACGAGACAGGGGACUUUGAACGCACACUGAAGGGUCACACAGAUUCGGUGCAGGACAUCUCUUUUGACCAGACUGGCAAGCUGCUAGCAUCUUGCUCUGCAGACAUGACUAUCAAGCUGUGGGAUUUCCAAGGCUUUGAAUGCAUCAGGACCAUGCACGGUACGGGAAAAAAAAACAUUGUCUUGACAUCAUAUGAACUAUCAAAAAGUGAAACCAUCUGAAAAGUGAGCAUCCUACUUAAAUUUUGGCCACUUAUUAUAUUGUCUAUGAUCACCUCUUCUCAGUAGAUCCAGUCAUUGAAUUGUACACAUGGCUCAGGUGGUGUGUGAUAAGCUUCAUACACCAUUUUCAUACCCUAAUUGUUGACUAAAUAUUGGCAGAUUGGUCGGCAUGCGCCCUCCAGCUCUCCUCAUUUUAAAGCAUUGGAGUAUUUCCCCCCUAGAAGCCGCUCAUCAACCACCCAGGAGCAGCCAUAACACUAUGAAGUCACCCGUCUUCUUCUUCUUGUGAAGUCUGAUUAAGUGCCCAUUAAUGUCUGACUGUGAGGCACACUUAAAUGUAUAUCUCUGAUUAAACCUGUUUGGCAAACAGACUAAAGGAACUCCGGCGUUUUUAGACUUACACAGGAGGUGCGACUGCGGCAGUGUGUUCAAGAGAGCAACAGACUUCACCGGUGGCUAAUCUCUUGUUGUGACAAUGAAGCGCAGAGCUCCGGGCACAUGUUUUCAAACAGACAAGCUGCGUUCACUUCAUGCAGAAACACAUUCAAACAUAAACAUCCAUCCGUCAAACGAGGCCCUGCGUUUUUCUCUGUAUCGUUCUCGUUUCCCGUGUUUUGAAACUUGUCUUCACUUUUAGUCUUUCCUCUGCGUUUCAUUCACUCCUCGUUUUUCACCUCCUGAAAGAACAGAAGGCUAACUGGCGCAGUAGAUUAGUGCCGAUCUGGAAAGCAGUUUAAUUAUCCUCUUCAGCCACCGGAUAGCACUUAACUCAGUAGCUGUCACCCAUUAUUACCACACAUACACACAGACACAUAUAUGCACACACACACACACAUGCAGUUAAGCUGGCCUUUUAGAGUAUACUUACUGUUGUCUUCCUCUGUUUAGCAGCUUAAAUACGGCGCAGCAUGUAGGUAAUUAGGUAUCUCUUAUUCUCUGCGGUGCAAAGAAACUCACAGCAAAUAUUCUGUGUCUAAAGUCAUAUAAUUGACAAAUUACAGCAGCACUAUUAGUUUUUGUUGCUGCUUGUGGCUAAAGAUGUGAGAGACAAUGUUUUUUUUGUUCUACAAUAAGCUGCAGAAAUACAAACCAUCUGUUGAGAGAAAGGCUGGAGGGGUGGCGUGUUCCAUCUUAAAUUGUGCAGCACCUUAUGUUGUUUGGUAAGCAUCGCUAUGGUUUCUGGCUUUUCGCUAAGACCUUUUUGUACUUUUCCUUUUCAGGACAUGAUCACAAUGUUUCAUCUGUAGCCAUCAUGCCCAAUGGAGAUCACAUCAUUUCUGCCUCAAGGGACAAAACCAUAAAAAUGUGGGAGGUGGCGACUGGGUAUGCAGCCUCAUGAACCUUCCUAAAUUCACUGGUUGUGUUUCUUAAGUGUUAUGUAAAUAUAAUUGAUCAACUCUAAAAAUAGGGUCUUUGACAUCUGAUUUUUUGUCCAUUAGGUACUGUGUGAAGACCUUUACAGGCCACAGGGAGUGGGUCCGUAUGGUGCGGCCCAACCAGGACGGCACACUGAUUGCUAGCUGCUCUAACGACCAAACGGUGCGUGUUUGGGUCGUGGCAUCCAAAGAGUGCAAGGCUGAGCUGCGGGAGCAUGAGCAUGUGGUGGAGUGUAUCUCCUGGGCACCAGAGAGUGCCUUCCCCACCAUCCUAGACGCCACAGGCACCGAGGUAACGGGCUGCUUCUAUUCCUCCUCCAAACUCUUAUGUUAUAAAGGUGUAACAAUGUGGUGGAAAGGUUAGCGAUAUCUAGACAGCGACAAGCUCUCAAAGUUGUGUGUUUGGCAAUGAAACAAGAAGUACUCUCAUGUUUGUUAUUUCAUGGCUGUGCACAAUGGCUCUGUACAGCUCAACAACACGGUCCUGUACACUAUGUCUCAGGUCUCCGUCUGCAGAAACAACCUGUUCACAAUAGAUUAUCCUCUUCAUACUUUUUCAUGAUAGAUGACCUGAAACAAGCUAAUUUUAACAGCUUUCAUGUAUUGGAGUAUCAGAAUGAUGCAUUGAUUUGCUGACUGCCAGAUACCUGAUGCUGCACUGAGCUGCAUCAGAGGCCAACUUCUGAUACAGCCCAGUGAUGCUGGUUCCAAAAACUGGAAUUUUUAUCUAACAAGUCUAGUUUGGACAACAAAAAAGCACAAAAUGUUCAAAAAAAUCUAAUAAAACUUGAAAAAUAAGAUAUUAAGACACAGUAUUAUGAAAUUCAUAGUUAUAUUUGGAAGAAACUCAACAAGUCUGGCCUUGUUUACUAGAUCUUUGCCUCAGAGGCAAAGCCGUUCUAUUAAAAUGUCAAUUUCACGAUCAGAUCUGAUUUUCUUUUUCGAUAUUUUUUUAAUUACAAAACAUUUUAACAGACCAGUUAAAUACAGCUUUACCGGCACCGGUUAUCGCUCAGAUUUACCUGCCAGCUUGUUUGAAAGCUGCCUCUUCUAGUGAACUGAAAAUCUCCUGGUUUGUGAUGAUGUCCGCCUGCGCUGAAAUGCUUUUAAAAAUCUCCAAAAACAUUUUCGAGGGUCACCAUUACUUUAAGGAUAAUUUAACAGAUUAUUAAUUUCAUUGAGCUAAUCUGUUUUCAUUCAUUGUGGCAGGUGACAGCCAUAUAUCCAAGUUGGUUUCAUUUUUAUUUUUUUAAUACAUUUUGACUCCAGAUUAGUUGUGGGGCAUGAGCAAAUACCACUAAAGAAAUUAUUUUGUUGAAAAGGUACAUUUAGACCAAAGUGGUAUCUUGGAUUCAGUUGUACUUUGACCUUCUGUUGGGCGACUGACAAAAGCCCCCUGUUUCAAAAGAAGAAAUGCUGAAUUCUGUGUGUUUCUAAUGGAUUUCAACUUGAUUUUCCAUUGUUCUUUUUUUCCUCCUUGUGCCCAAUUAGUCCAAGAAGAGCGGUAAACCAGGCCCCUUCCUGCUGUCCGGCUCCAGAGACAAGACCAUCAAAAUGUGGGAUGUUAGCAUUGGCAUGUGCCUUAUGACACUGGUGAGAACCUACUUUGCAUUGAAGCGUUAGGUUAAAGAGUGAGGUUAUUAAACUGGAAUUUAAUUUGCUUUAUUUCAGUGUUAAAAAAUUUGCAUCAUGAUUGAGAUGUGCUGUUUUGCCACUGGCACGACUCAGAAUUGACUGCAUUUUCCCUCAAAAUAUAAUAAUUGCAACAUUGGUAGAUCUAUGUAAAACUUUGUACAUUAAAGUCCUUGGUACCAGAAACCUACACCAAAUGCAACAACCCGGUGGAGAACUUGGAUAUGAUUGUAAGCAGAAAAAAGUCAGUUGCAGAGGUUGAGGAGAAAAAGGUUUUAUUUUCCGCUGUGGUUUUGACACUUGCCUCCAGAGCAUCUUUGGUGUGCUCUUGCAGUCCAAGUCCUCCUGUGAGUGUCAUCAUUAGCCAGCUCUGGUGUUGUCUGGUGGUUCAGCAGAGUCUUAAGCCAUGGUGUCAGUGGGUAAUCUCUGUCCCCUAUGGAUAGUUUAGGCCUCUACAUAAGAGCCUUACAGGAGCCUGGUAGACAAAAAACAGGGGUGGUGUUAUCUGUAAUAAAUGGUAUUUUAUUUUUAUAUUGUUGUUGUGGCGCUCCUAAACUUUUGAGCCCUGAUAUCUAUCUAUCUAUCUAUCCCACAGGUUGGCCAUGACAACUGGGUGCGUGGUAUCCUCUUCCACCCUGGGGGCAAGUUCAUCGUUACCUGUGCAGAUGAUAAGACCUUAAGGAUCUGGGACUACAAGAACAAGCGCUGCAUGAAAACCCUGUGUGCCCAUGAACACUUUGUUACCUCUCUGGGUAAGCAGACCUCAUCUAUUAUUCCAGCCAGUUUCAAUCAAUUCAUUUGUAUUUGUAUGGCACCAGUGUUAUCUCAAGACGCUUUACAAACCAGGCAGGUCUUUACAACAUCGAGAUGAGAUUCAGUGUUAUCUAAAUGUAUGUUGGAGUUUGAAGACGUAUCCUGAUCAGAUAGAGUUCAUUUAUCCUUUUAAGUAGCUGACUACCAUUUCUUUCUUGAUAUGGUUAAAUAACGUUGGCUGGGAAUUAAAUAUGAUUCAGAAACUUGAUUAGAAAAUCAAUGUAUGUUAGAGCAACGGUGAUAUGAUUGAACUGUGGCUCAAAGCAGGUAUAUCGUCAUUGGACCUUUGAGACUCAAUAAAAGUAUCAAAGGUUUAUUUUUUUCUGAACCUGAAUUUGAUUCCCAUUCCUAGAUACAGAAUGUUUUGUUCAUCCAUCACCUUCUCUUUCUUUUUACUGCGCUACAUCUGAGGUUAAAUGAUGAACACAUGUGGUACUGAUGGUCUCGGGAGUUCCCUCUUUACUCCUGUAACAAUAGUACAGUUUUUUUCCUGGGAGACCUUUCAUGUCCUACUGUCGAAGGUUUUCAGUGGUAUCAAGACUUUUUUGGUCCCAGAAUACCAACAUACUGACAUACUGUUUCAUCCUGAGUGUCAUCUGCAUGACAAUGAAAUUCUCUGGAGUGCUUCAUCAUAGUAUUACCAAGAGGAGAUGAAGGAUUGAUCCAGACACUGAACCUUGAGGAACUCCUGAAGUGCAGCAGUAGUCUAUUUUUCCACGCUCACUCAGCAGUGAAAGGUUCAGUAUUUGUAAAGAAGACCAGUUCUUCCACUCUAGUGUGUUUUGAGUCCGAGGGGUUGCUGGCCGCUGGGGGUUAAAGAGGUAAAAAAAAAAAUAAAAAAAGAGCUCAAGGAUUUUCCCACCUCCCCCCCUCCUCAUAUCUACAGCUUUUCAGCAGAUCAAGGCUUGGGAACUCUCUUGAGGAGCUCUUCAGCCAACUUUUGCUUGGCAAGCUGUUUGAAAACCCAGUCCUUUUAAAUCCUGUUUCAAACAAAGAGGAUUUCGCUCUGAGCUAUUGAUGUGAUGAAUUUUUGAGUGGUGUGGGUAUAAAUGGGUGGAGGAUAAAGCACCUUUUGUUUCACAUCAUUGACAGAAACAUUUUUUUUCCCCCCAAUUUCCCUCAGUAUCCUCCUGACUGUACACAGAAUACAAAACCCUUAAACGGGUUGUUAAAACAGCCUGGUAAUCAGAUUUGAUCUCCAUUGGAUUCACUCUUACAUCAUUUGCAUGUUGGAUCAUUUUUCAGAUCGUUUUCGUUUGGGAUUUCCCAACCCAACCCUCAAGUGUGAUAGCAACAACAGAGAGGUUACAUAUGAGGAAUGGUGUUACAUGAAGCAGUGGUUAUUUCCUCUGAUCAUUUCUGUGUUUCCUCGACAGAUUUCCACAAGGCUGCUCCCUAUGUGGUCACUGGGAGUGUAGAUCAAACAGUAAAAGUGUGGGAGUGUCGCUGAUUUGGACCUUGGAGGAUUGGACCAUCACACCAAUUACCCAGACGCUCCUCUGGAUCCAACAUCCCCCCUUCUACCAUUCCUCUUCCUCUUUCAUUCCCUUUCCCUCCUCACUUAACCCAAACCUCACCCGCACAUCAUCAUCAUCAUCAUCUCUUCCUCCGGCUGCACUUACCACCAUGGUUAUCUUUCCAUCGCUCUCUAGUCCAACAACUGUUGUCCUUCAAUGUAAAUUAUUCCUGGAUGUAGAUCGAGCUAUUAAAUGUUACACAAAAAAAGUAUUCUUGCAUGGUAAUCCAAAAUUGUAUACUGUAAAUUUACAUAACGUCUAGAAGUACCAUAGGUUUACCACGGGGCUGGCCGUCUGUCACGCAGCCUUACCGACCAACCGAAGGCAGAUGUUCUUGACUGGGUGUAAAAUGUAGGGCACUAAAAACCAAUAAUUUAAGAAAUGACAGUGUCUUUAUGUGUAAGAUUUAUUUUUGUCUAUUUUUUUAUUUAGGAUUUUGUUUUCUCUGUUUUCUCUCCUUCACUGUCGUAGUCUGUUGGUGCCUAGCUUGGUGAAACGUUUGAGAGAUAAGGCAGGAAAAGCAUAUAUGAUGCGCUAAGAUGCGAUUGUCUGUGGGGCUUUGUUAUUGAAAUAAUCUGUAGCUUUAUAACAUCACUUCAAGUGUGCAUACCAUUUCUCUUCAUGUGGAACUAGGUAAUAUUUUAAUGGCUGUAUAUACGAAUGUUUCAAACUUUUGUCCUUGGACCUCGGGGGCUAUAAGAACUGCUUUGUACUCUUGUCAUGGUGGCACAUGAACCACUGAUAGGCUUUAGAUCAGUGAUCCCAUCUAAUGAAUCUGCAGAGAAGAAGAAGAAUAAAAGGUUAAUGUUUCAGAAGUCGCUGCUGUGAAUUGACCACACUGAGUUUUUUCAGGAGACACCCAAACUUAAACGGCACGUUUGUUCGGCUAUCGCCGCCAGUGAGCGCCCUGGGUCACAGUGACUGAGCAGAGUUCAGGGAUUACACCUGUUUAAUCUCAAGCACUUCGUCGUGUGCCCUUCUAGGAGACGAAUCCCUGUAACCUUGCAUGUCAGACUUUCAUUGAACCAAAGCGCUGCUGUCUACUUCUAGUCCUCUUAUCUAGUCACUCUUGGCACGAUAUGGUGUACUGUUGGAAUUGUGUAAAGUCCGAAGAUGCUCAGUUGUCCCAUGGUGCCUCUGAAGGCCUCGAACCAAAAGCCUAUGGUGGAAAUAAACCUGCUGAGAGGAAAACAAAAGCAUGAUUAGGAGUCAAAGUGAGCCCCCUGGGUUUGAUAUCUGGGAUGUGCAAAGAUCUCUAAAACUGAGGGUAAAAAAUGGUUUUGAAUGGAAAAAUUCAGUUUUCUGUGAAAAUAUGAAAUGUAAAUUAAGCUUGUGAUUCGGAGAUUUGGCAAUUUUGUAUUAUCGCACUAAAGGAUGAGGUGGAUGGAAAUUAAGGAAUAUUGAAGAAAAUGCCAGCAGUAAACAUGCUAAGUGAUCUGCUGAUGGUGUUUUGUCUUUAGAGAGCGUCUGAUGCUGAAGCUGUUCCUCUGUUUAGAGAGGGCGGCGGCAGCUCCUGGAUCAGAUUUAAAGGAGAACGCAGAUAAAUCUGAACAGAGAGCACCUCUAAUGAAGACAAAACGCCAUGCAGAUCACAUCACGUGUGUAAUGUCCUCUGAGUGGCUUUUUUCAAAUGUUCAGCUUUUGAUCUGUGUGGAGGGCUCAUUGUGAAACAGGAGGAUUUGUGGAAAGACUGGAUCUUACUGUAAACCAGUUCAUACUGUAGAGACAACCAUUCCACUCCCCGUGGAGGACGAAAAAUGAAACAUCUUGCUUGUAACUGUAGCUGACAAGAUGAUUCAUUAAUCUUGCACAUCCCUCUUUCUACUAAAUCUUUGGUCAUUGAUUGAUGAUCAAAGACAUUAAAAUUUAAUGCUGUUGAUAAAUGCAUAAACCUAUAAUUUCUAAUUAGCCUUUUCAUUCCAAUGCAGUUCCUGGCUAAUAAAGAAUUCCACUGCUUAACUGAUCUUAUCUUCGCUUCUUUGCUAUGUUUCUCCUCUUCCUGUGUGUAUUGGAUGUGGUGAUCUGCUGCUGAAGCUCCUGCUAGUGGCUACUGUGAGCCUAAUGUGACCUGUUGAUGUAGCACUGCUGCAUGUAAACCUGCGCCAGAGGCAGAGCUGUCAGAACAGUGUCACUGAGAAGGCUUGAAUAUUGGUGCCCUUCCAUCACUGACCACUUGGUUUUCUAUUUCUGUGUACCCUAAGUACUUUAACACUUGAGGAAAUAUGCAGACUUGGUAUUAUGCUUAGAGAUAAACUUACUACACCUCUAAUUCUACAAAAAAUACAAUACUACAACUAGCAGCCGCCUCACUUCCUUAGCUUAGCAUUGAAAUUGAAAAGAGAUAACCAGGCUUUAUGCAAAAAUGGAAAUCUGCCUAACAAGGUGAAUACAUAUCUUGCAUAGUUGAUCUGUAGAAAAGACAAAGUAUAAGGCAUUUGCCAGUUUUUUAGAUGUACCAUCAGCAGAAGAUAAAAGUGAAAUUGCAGCAUUUCAAAUCUUACAUUUGUGCGAGGUGAGGUGACUGCUAGCUGGAGCUGUGUAUUUAUUGUGCGAGUGCAGAAGCCUUCAGUGGACAAGCAACUUUAUGUUGUAUUAUCUCUGAUUUGCUGAGAUAAUGACUAUAAUCUGUUUUUUUCACCCUGGGACCCAAAUUGAUGUUUGUUAUCUCAGGAUUUUAAAGCUGGUUUUCAUUUUACAGCGAUGAAACUAUCUACAUCCGCCGUCCUGAGAUAAUGAGAAAAAUAAAUUGGAGUCUUAAGACAACUAAAGUAAACCUGUUAUGGGAAAACCAAUGAUAUAGAGACAUGGAAAUGUUUUGUUACCACAGGAAAAUGGAGUAAAGGAUUUGUAAGUAGGCAUGUCCACUUGAGGCUUCCAUAUGCAUUACAGUGGUGUGAAACUAAUGACUAAUCUAAUACAGUAACAGUAAACAAGCAUAUUUCCACUACCUAACAUUUCUGCGUCCUCUUUGGGUGCCUGGCUGGUGUGGUUCAGACAGCUCUGUUCAAAGGUUGUAGAAAGGCUGGUUUCAUUGUGUGAUGCAAUCUGAAAGAGGUGUACACACACUCCUUUAUCUGUUAUUUCAAUGGGAUUGUGGCAGACUAGAAUGUCCCAAAGGAGAAACCCUUUCUGUCUUUCAGGGAAUAAAACUCGUGUCUCCUUUAGGUGUGUGCCCCUCUACAAAGGUUUUUAUUUUAUCUUUAAAGCUGUUAUCUCUGACCUUUCUUCCAAGGAAGACCUUGGGUGGAAAACCAGCUCAUUUUUGAUAUUACAAUUCGGCAUUUCUUAUGAUGAUGCCAACGUGUUAAAUGUUUAGAUAAAGCCAAAUAAGGAGACACUUGUCAGUAUAAUAUGGUUUAGCUUGGUGAAUCAGCCCUUCGCUUAAGGUCCAACAUUUUUUAAAAAGUUGCUAGUCUCAUCAGGAUCACGCUAUGACAUGCCAGACCGUACAAUGUAAUUUACAAACAACUCCCUCUCCUUGGUUUUACUCAAGAAAGGGGUUAAUCAAAGGUCAGGAUGAUGUGUGCUCUGUUUCUUUUUUGUAAGAAUUGAUGGAAAAAGCCACAACACAGCUGCUGGAGUUGUACGCAACUGUGUGCCCUGUGGAAGAAAAUCCCCUUCUGCCAUUCGCAGGUCCCAAGCAAUCCCUGUGCAGCACUGGUCCAGUGUGUGAAGGGACUGACAGACAAGUUUUGACUGUCUGUGGGUUUUUUCCUCCGGACUCAAGUCCACAUGUUCUCUUUACCCGCCCAAGAACCACACUGGAGGGCUUCAGACUGCACAACAAGCUCCUACAGGAGAGCUCGUGAUGUUUUCGCCACUAUGGUCUCACUCUUCACUCAGCAAACUGUUAACAAUAUUCCUGGAUGUCAUUAUUGUUUGCGAUAUAAUAAAAGACAAAAAUCAGCAACUGU